CACUGCCUCUCUCUCUCUCUCAUAAAGCUCAUUAUUGUUGGUGCAUUCACACACCUCUCGAUAUAGAGAGAGAAAGAAACGCAGAAAGUUGAUAAUUGCUAACGAAUCCCAAGCAAACGACGCUGAACCAAAAGCCUUCGGUUCGGUUUCUCCAGUUCCGGGCAUUUCCUCACUCUUUCGAUCUCGCUGUUUUUUUGCUUUUCCAUGCAGUCGCGGCCAACGGCGCGUGAGCGUUUUCGGUUCGAUACGCCGUCGUUUUAGCUCCGAUUGCGGCAUUGCGUUGGAUUUCCGGCUCUGUUAUUCUGACGCGGCUUGCUUAAGGUAAUUUUGAAUAAGGAAAGGCCCUGAAUAAGUUUCCACCAUUUUUGAGGAGUCACUUCAUAAAGGUUUCUUCAUCUGAUUGUUGUAGUUGGAGGAAGUAGAAAUUUUUUAAGCAUGAAGGAGGUUGACAAAAGGAAAACUACUAAUACUAAAACCACCAAGCGCUCCGGAAGAACUGAAAGGAGAGACCAUAAGCUGAACCAAGGGAAUACUGGCAAGACUCUGAAUGGAAAAGGAACUGAAUCUAAAGAGUCUCAUGCUAGAACAGGCCCCGGUACUUUAGUAAGUGAUUUAAACAUGGGUACAGAGGCCUCGGAAGUUAAUGAAAAUGUGGUCAUACAUUAUGUGGAUGAUGUGAAAAAGUUUGUGGAGGCGCCUCAAGAUUUAAAAGCCAACCCAAUGAUUUCCAUAGAGAACAAUGAUGAAGAUUCAGAUGGUCAUUCUAGUGAUUUGGAAAAAGAAACAAAGCAGGGGAAAGAAGAGGCGUCAGAUUGUGAGACCAUAAAGGAUUCGGUAUCAUCUCAAGGAGAAUCGACUACCUCUGCGGAUGACAUAGUAGAAAGCCCUCCAAGGGUUCCCAAAAUUAUUGGAAGAAAAGAUUCCUCAGAGAGCUCUCAUGGAUCCAGGGAGAGAUCUGGUCAUGAAUCUAGUAACUCAAAAUCCAAGGAUCACACUCACAAACAAUCCACUACGAUACACAAGGGGCCUUCUAGGAAUGAUUCUAGCAAUAUGGAAAUUCCCAUAAAACCUUCAUCAGAAUCAUCCGAGGAGGUUGAUGACAAGGCUGUCAAAGAAAUAGAAGGAAAUGAUAUUGUUGAUAGGUCUUCAAAUGGUGCCCAGAGUAUUCAAAGUGACAAUCAAACGAUAGAUGCAGAAGAAAUUGAUGAACAAGAGGAUGUUACAGCUUUGGAACAGAAGGUUGAAGAAAUGGAAAUGAGAAUUCAGAAACUUGAAGAAGAACUGCGAGAAGUUGCUGCUCUUGAAAUUUCUCUAUAUUCUGUGGUACCGGAGCAUGGGAGCUCCGCACAUAAAGUGCACACACCAGCCCGGCGCAUUUCUCGACUUUAUAUUCAUGCUUGCAAGCAUUGGACUCAGGACAAGCGAGCCACAAUUGCUAAGAACACUGUAUCAGGGCUUGUUCUAAUUGCAAAGUCCUGUGGUAAUGAUGUUGCCAGGUUGACCUUCUGGUUAUCCAAUACUGUUGUGCUUAGGGAGAUCAUAUCUCAAGCAUUUGGCAGUUCACGUCACUCAAGUCCUUUUUCUAAGUUUGAGUCUAAUGGAACUAGCACGAGAAAUGAUGUGAAGUCUGCAGCACUGAGAUGGAGGGGUAGUUCUGGUAGUAAACAAAUGAAUGGCCUCAUGCAGUUUGCUGAUGACUGGCAAGAGACAGGAGCCUUCACAGCGGCAUUAGAAAGAGUUGAAUCCUGGAUUUUUACUCGGCUAGUUGAGUCCGUGUGGUGGCAGGCUUUGGCUCCGCAUAUGCAAUCUCCAGUCGAGUAUUCAUCAAAUAAUAAGAUAGCAAGGUUCUUGGGACCUGCCCUCGGUGAUCAGAACCAAGGCAGCUUUUCUGUUAACCUGUGGAAAAAUGCUUUCCAGGAUGCUUCUCAACGACUCUGUCCUGUUCGAGCCGGGGGACACCAGUGUGGCUGCUUGCCUGUGUUGGCGAGAAUGGUCAUGGGGCAAUGUGUUGCCAGGCUAGAUGUUGCAAUGUUCAAUGCUAUUCUGCGUGAGUCAGUACAUGAGAUUCCUACUGAUCCAGUGUCAGAUCCCAUUCUUGAUUCCCGGGUUCUAUCUAUUCCUGCUGGUGAUUUGAGUUUUGGAUCUGGCGCGCAACUAAAGAAUUCUGUUGGAACUUGGUCUAGAUGGCUAAGUGAUAUGUUUGGCAUCGAUGCUGAUGAUUCUCUGCCUGGAAGUGAGGACGAUGACAAGCAGAGUGGAGAUGCUGAACCAAAAUCCUUCCUUCUUCUCAAUGCCUUGAGUGAUCUUCUGAUGCUUCCAAAAGACAUGCUUAUGGACCGCUCGAUCAGAAAGGAGGUUUGCCCAUCAAUUAGUCUUCCAUUAGUUAAGCGAAUACUUUGUAACUUCACUCCAGAUGAGUUCUGUCCAGAUGCUGUUCCAGGAGCUGUAUUAGAGGCACUGAAUGCUGAGAGUAUUGUGGAGCGGAGAUUGUCCGGAGAAUCAGCGAGAAGCUUCCCUUAUACAGCUGCACCAGUUUUGUACCACCCUCCUUCCUCAGUUGAUGUGUCAGAGAAAGUUUCAGAAGUAGGAGAGAGAUCUCCAUUGGAAAGGAAUGUGUCGGCUGUACAAAGAAAGGGAUAUACAAGUGAUGAGGAGCUAGAGGAGCUGGACUCCCCUCUUACAGCCAUCAUUGACAAAUUACCAUCAUCUCCAGCUUUCAUAACAAAUGGAAACGGAAAUGGAAAACAUGAAGAAACAGGUCAUGCCUGCAUGAAUGCAAGGUAUGAUCUCCUUCGCGAGGUCUGGUCUGCGUGAGAAAAUUAUGGAGAUGUAUACCUAUAGUUUCCUUAUACAGUGAAAUCAUGGAGAAAAUUAAACAGAGAUGUAAAUAAUAUGAAAGGCAAAUAUCAAGACAAUUCAGCGAUUCUGAAAUGCGGCUAUAUAGGUUAAAUCCAUUAGCACUAUUA